AUGUCCGAGCGGCCUGCCCGCCGACGUGUCGACAGCCCCAAUCGCCGGCCCAAGCAAUCAUGGGAACGCGAUGCCAUUCCCGACCCGGACUCCGGUGAGCCGGGCUGCUCCAGCACCACCAUCCUCCUGGCGUGGCUCAUGACCCCGGGCAAUUAUGCCCGCUGGCGCGGGGUGGCCCUGGUCGAUCCGAACCCCAACCCCACCCUGGAGCAGGUGAUGCUCCCGCAAAUCAUCGACACCGCCAGCCACCCGCCGCCCCAGCCGCCGGAAACCAAGAAGGCCAUGAUCCGCGAAAUCAUCGAGGCCCUGCGCCGUGUGGGCAUCACCAACCGCAGUGAUGCCGAUGUCCGGGCCAAGAUCAUCGACUUGAUGCGGGCGUACAAUCGGGCCGCGCCGGAUUUCGAGUCGGCCUUCGCUCGGAUUUCCUCCGGCAGCAUCGAGCUGGACCCGGCCUUCGGGCCGAAUACCGACCACUCGCGCGAGGCCUCCCUCAAGCAUGCCCUGGCCUUGGCUCGCAAGACCUGCCGGUCCUUCGAGCUGGUGUUCCCGGUCUUUGCGCCGGUUGAGCGCCGGUCGAAUGCCGUGGCCGCGGCCCGGCGGGCCGGCGCGUCGCCCACCGCCGCCGCCGCCGCCGCCACCGCCGUCGGCUCCGACCGGCCCACCGCCGCCGAGGACUACGUCCGCAAGGCGGCCAUGACCCGGGCCCUGACCAUCAGCGCCUACACCAAGAGCCCGGACCCCAUCGAGGCCGGGUGCAUCGACCAGCGUGCCCUGACCGUGGUUGCCCAGGUGGUCAAUGACUAUCGCCACCUCCGGCCAAGUGCCAUGGGGCCGACGGUGGUGCCGAGCUUCAGUCCCGGCUACACCCCGCCCCCGGCCGAGUAUGGCCAUCAGGCGGACGAUGGGGCCAAUGCGGCGGCGGCCGCGGCUGCCGCUGCCGCUGCCGCUGUGGCCGCCGCCGCCGGUGGUGGCGGCCCCCAUCCGCCUCCCAGCGAGGAUCCCUACGCCGACCCGGGCUACGACCAUGAUGACCAUGCGCCUGGGGUUGGGGCUUCGGGACCGCAGCCGCCGCCGCCCCCGCCGCCGCAGGGCCCGCCGCCCCCCUCCCAGCAAGGCCCCCCGCCGAUGGCGCCGCCCCCGCCGCCGCCCUCAUCGCUGGUCCACCCGGCCGGUGGGCCGCCCCCGCCGCCGAUGCACACCUUCACCGGGCACUUCAGCCAGCCGGGUCUCCUGGGCGCCGACCUCCAUGGGACCCCUUCGGGCUUGGGCAUGCCCGGACGCGGGGGCGGGCCCAAUCUCCUUGGGGCGGCCGGGGCGGCCGCCGCGGCUGCCGCCGCCGCCGCCGCGGUUGCCGUCUCCGGCGGACCGCCGCCCCAUUUGCCCGGCGGAUUGGCCGGCGACCCGCCCUUCGCCGCGGGGCUGUACCCGGGUCUGCUGCCGGGGGCCGGGGCCACGGGCUUCCCCCCGCCCCCGCCACCGGGCGUCGGCGUCGGCGGGGGGGCUCACCCGGGCCAGGCCUUCCUGCACCCGCAACAGGGCCCGCACCCCCAGCAGGGGCCGCCUCCGCACCCCUCACAGCAGGGCCCCCCCCAGCAGGGCCCGCCCCCGCCACACCCGCCGCCCCCGCACCCGGCCCAUGGGCCGCCCCCGCAUCCGGGACAUGGGCCGCCUCCGCAUCCGGCCCACCCGGCCCACCCGGCCCAUCCGGCCCACCCGCCACCCCCGCACCCGCCCCCGCAUCAGGCCUUCCAAUCGGUGAACAUGGCCCGGUCUUUGCCGGAGCUGAUGCAGCUGCUGGUGGACACGCACGGCCUGCCGCCGGCCGAGGCCGCGCGCCUGGCUCUGGCCGAACGCGCCCUCGAUCAGACUCGCACCACUUUGGCCCUGCUUGGGGCCCGGACUCAGGCAGCCCUGAGCCUCAUGCAAGCCGGGCUUGGGGAACAGGCCAUCGCGGCCAUCCUCCAGGUGGAUGCCCCGCCAACCGGCGACCCGCUUGGCUCGCUGCUUGGGCACCCGCCGCCGCCGCCGCUGCCGGGCGCCGGGAACCCCCCGCCCGGGUCACCCCCGCACCCGGGCUAUGGACAUCCGCCGCCCCCGCCGAUGGCCGGUCCUCCGGGGACACACUUCUACCCGGGCGCUGGGGCUGGCGUCCCGCCGCCCCCGCCGCCGGGUGUUGUUGGCCCGCCGCCCCCGCCGCCGCCGGGGCCCCAUUCCUCGAUAGCGCCCCCGCCGCCGCCGGGGCCUGGCGGCCCGCCGCCCCACUCGGUGGUGGUUCCCUCGCCCCGGUCGCCGCCCAUGAGCCACCCCCUGGUGGCUGGGUCCUCCUCGCCCGGUGGCCUCCCGCCGCCGCCCCGGUCACCACACAUGCCCCCCUCGGCGCACCACUCGCCGGCCAUGCACUCGGUGCCCGGCUCGUCGUCCUCGUCGUCCGGGGCCGCCGGCGCCGGGAGUCCGGCCCUCAGCCCGGCCGAGCACCGGCCUCACCCGGGGCACGGCGGCGAGCCGCAUCCCAAGCGCGGUCGCUUUGCCCUCGGGGAUAUGACCUCCGCGUCUCCCUCCUCCCCGACGGUCAGCACCUCGGAAGACCGUUUGGACCAAACGGUCGGCGGUGGCCCCGGGGUCAAUGGCGCCGUGCCGCCUGGCGUCGAUGCCCUGGGCAUGGCUUGACACCGGUGGACACGCCUGCCCCCUCCCACACCGGUCGCCCCUGCGCGCGAACGAUCGGGCAAAGGAGGAGCAAAGGCAGGAAAAGGGAACGAAAAGCAAGUGGCACCGCUGCCUGGCCGGCCUGCUGCCCUCUGUCUACUCCCCUGCCGUCUUCCUUCUGCUCGCGCCUCCUCCGCCGUGCCUCUCUUUCUUCCCCUCCGGAGGUUGCCGACACUUGCGCACCGCUGGCCCGGUGCGCUGUCAUGGUCGUUCAUGUGCUCCGGCCCCCCUCCCCUGCGUCCCUCCUCUUUCCUCGCCGGCCAUCACCACCCGCCGAUGGCUGUCCUUGUCCUUGAAUACAUCUCCUUUCCCGCCACUGCGCGUGAGUGAGCGA